AUAACCGAUACUGUUAAGCAACCUUGCCCCGAAAGCAGCGAAAAAAAGUUUAGUGAAAAAUACAAAAAUCAAGUAAUUAAAACGUUUAUUUAUUUAAAAAAAUAUGUUACAUAUUUAAUUUAGGCCUUAAGACAGAAUUAAAAAGCAAAGCAAAACUAUCGCCUAUCGAUAAGCAAUAAGGCACAGACAGACAGACCAGAGAGAGAGAGAGAGAGAGAGAGACAGAGGUCAUAUUAAAAAUAUAUUUUCUUGGCCCCUCCGAGCUGAAGACCAACGCAAUCACGCUUACCUUCCUAAACAAUAAUAAUGAUCUUGGAAAACUCGGAUAAGCUCAAGGAUUGGCUAAGUGUUGUCCUGGAGCCACUCUGCGAUGCGGAUUCCUCUGCCCUGGCGCGAUAUGUCAUCGCGUUGCUUAAAAAAGACAAAUCGGAUAAGGAUCUCAAGCGGAUCAUGAUAGAGCAGCUGGAUGUCUUCCUGUCCGAGGAAACGACGCGCUUUGUUGAGCGCCUUUUUGAUGCCAUUGCCAGUGAGGAAUAUCUCACAAUGCCCCAUCCUCUGCCAACCCUGCCAGCUGUUCCAGCCGCCACUAGUGUCUCCGAAUUGGACUUGGGCGAUGAACUGGCAUUGGCCAUAGAUGGAGCAGCUGAUAUAGAGGCUGUAUUGGCAGCUGCCUCGCCCCCGCCGGCAAAAGAAAAUGUGAUAAAAGUGGAAAAGCAGCAGUUGACUGACGAGCAGCGUCCAGAUGCAGUCGCUCAGGAAUCCAUUAACCUAGCCUCAGAUAGCACCACAGAUGCCACAACUUCAACUAAGCCUCCCGUUGAUCACAAAACCAAAGAUCCCUCAUGUCCCCAGCCACAAAGCCAAUUGGGUUCAGCUGCGUAUCAUCAUCAUCCUCCUUCUCAUCAUCAACACCACCAGGUGCCACGUAGUGCAAGUCCACCAGGUCGAAGCAGCGGAGGUGGCAGCGGUGGAGGACCCGGACCCGCGGCUGGCUAUGCAGACAAGGAGAAUCAGCCACGUGAUGGUCGCCGACGUCGUGCCUCUUUGCGUUCUCGCUCACGCUCGCGUUCACGUUCCAAUGAAAGGAAUUUCAGACGCUCACGGUCUCGAGAUCGCCGCAUCAAUGAACGGGAGAAGAAUCAACGGCAGUUCCGUAACAAAUCUCCUCCAGGUCAUGGUAGUAAUCACGGACGCCGGAAUUUCGAUCGUCGUCGGAUUGGUGGUGGAGGCGGCUCUGGUGGCAUUGGAGGAGGCGGUAGUGGUGGUGGGAACAACAUUGAAGAGCGUCAGCGCUUUGGCCAGAAAAGUCGUCGUUCUCAUAGUCGUUCCUUGUCGCCGGAGCGAAAUUCGAGACGUCCGCAAAGCUCACCAGAGCGCGGCGGAGGCUUGUCUUCGAUUGCCACCGGUAAUUCUAUGGAACCUCAGCAUCCAGCAGCUGUUGUGACCACACAUAUACGCCAGCGUUGUCGCGAUUUCGAUGAGAAGGGCUAUUGUGUUAGGGGCGAGACAUGCCCCUGGGAUCAUGGCAUUAACCCCGUGGUCUUUGAGGGCAUCAAUAAUUCAGCGUUAAUGAUGUCUAUGCGUGAGUACAAUCCAGAUGCACCAGAGAUUUGGGCGCGAGGUGGCGGUGGUGGCGUCGCUGGAGGACCCCCUGGACCCCCAGGACCUAAUGUGGCUGGACCCACGCCCAGUGGUGUACAAGGUGUGCCUGUCAGCAUCAAUCCGUUCAGUGGUAAUGUGCGUCCAAAUGCUUUAAUGACUCCCAAUCAUCCCAUGGGUGUACCCAAUCCUUCAGAUUAUGCCCGACCUCCGGGUCCACAGGGACCACAAGGUCCUACAAUGAUGCCAUUCCCUUUCAAUCCCACGGCUGUGACCACACCUCUCCAGCGUCAACUCAUCCCAAUUCCUGUUGUAGAUGCCGGUGGUGGCAUUGUUGGAGGUGCUGGCGGCGGCGGUGGUGCUCCGCCCUCCGGUGGCCCCGAAAUGGGAAAACGUCGAUUUGAGCUGGAAGAUACGGUGGCCAUAGCCGAUGUGCCAACGAAACGAAAAGUGCCCAUUAAUAGUCGACUGGGACCAAGGGUUAAUCCCAACAUGCAACAGCAUAACAGCUCACUGGAGCUAAGAAAGGUUCCGCGUGGCCUUAAUACCAUAGCGCAUCUGAACAAUCACUUUGCCAAGUUCGGUAAGAUUGUUAACAUUCAAGUUUCAUACGAGGGCGAUCCGGAAGCGGCCAUUGUUACCUUCUCGACGCAUGCGGAGGCCAAUGUGGCUUACAGGAGUACCGAGGCAGUUCUCAAUAAUCGCUUUAUCAAGGUCUUUUGGCACAAUGGAGUUGCUGCUGGCGGCUUGGAUGAGAGCCAGGGCAACGCGUUAACCAGUGGCAUUGGAAGUAAUGCGCCAGGUGGCCGGAAAAAUGCCAGCCAAUAUCAUUUGCAUAAUGUACCCGCUGUACCCACACCAAUUGCGGAUGGAGCAAAAAUAUCGAAUGCGGGGACAACGCCUCUGGCAGAGCAUGCUGGAGCCGGUGGUAAUCAAGCAACAGCUCCGACUGAGCAAGCUCUUGCCGUAGCGCCUGCCUCGAUGCGACUCAAGCUCAAUACAACAACAACAACAACGACAACAAGUUCAAAUGGUGGAAGCGCUGGAUUGGCUGCACCGGGUACAGGAAAUGCUGCCACGCCACGAGCCAACGCCGCCACAUUACGCAAAAAGCAAGAGGAACAACAAAAGGCUAUGCAUCAAUUGGCCAAUGGAUUACGCAAACGUAAGCAGGAAUUGCUCCAAAGUUAUGUGAAGCAAAUGAAAACGGCAUUGGAGUUGGUCGAGCGCAUGGAUCAACAGGAUGCCCAGCGGGCUCCAACACUAGAGACCAUUAAGGUACUGCAGGAGACCAUCGACAAAUUGCGCAAGGAUGUACAUGCCGAUCAGGAUCAAUUGCAGGCUCAGAUUCAACAGCAACAAAUUCAGCCAUCUGUCAAAAAGACCAAAGAGCAACAAAAGAAAGAACUUCUGGACAUGGAGCUUGAACUAUUUGCCCAACAGCAAGAGGGAAAUGAUACCACGGCCCUGCAGAAGCGUCUCGAAGAGCUGCAACGUACUCUGUCUGCUGGCGGCGGUGGCGGCGUCAUCGGUGGAGUUCUCAACUCGAAUAAUCCAAAAGCUAGUGGACCAACUGGUGGCGGUGCGGCAGCCCGUAAACGAGCUAAUUUCCCUGAAGGUUCAACGCGCGUUGAUAGACGUCCUAAAGCCAUUGUGGUCACUGGCUUUGCCGCCGAGGAAGCUGACUUUGUCCUGGGACACUUUAAGAACUUUGGUGAGAUUUUGAAACAUGAUGUGGAUCGUGAGAUUCCGCAAUUGAUACUCUCCUAUGCCACUCGAAUCAAUGCCGAACAGGCAGUGCUCCGUGGCAAAAUGUACAAAGAAAAGCGCCUUCAGAUAUCCUGGGCGCCCGUUGUGACGACGACGACGCCGGCAGUUGCAGCUCCUAUGGCAGCCCCCGCCGACAAGUCACCUGCAGUUGCUUCAGUGGACAACAAUCUAAAUAACACCACCAAUCCCAAACAGUUAAUUCAAUCCGUUAGCGAAAGUGAAAGCCUGCUGGGCAGCGAUACAUUGCCCGAACUACGUCUAGAGGAUGAGGAAGAGGACGAGGAAUCUGAGGAUCGUUCUUGGCGUCGUUGAUGGCUCAUAUUGUGUUAGGUCUCGAAACCUACACUCCUGUAUUUGUUGUUAUUUCUAAAAAAAAAAAACCAACAAACAAAAAACAAUAAUAAUUACUGAAAACUGAUGACGACGGCUGCGUCCCCAUCAUUUAUACAAUUAAACGCUCUAUAAAUUACUAAUAUUUUAAUAUUAGUUAUAAAUCAAAUUGCAUAUAUAUACAAAUGAGUUUACGCUAAGCCUAAGUACAGAAGAACAGUAAAAAAAAAACAAACUCCAAUUGUGCACGGAACAUUGUGUACUCUACUUUGUAUUUACAGACACAUU